AUGAAGUUCUCCGCCCCCGUCCUCGCCAUUUUCCUUGCCUCCGCCUCGGCCCAGUCCACCGCCGAGCUCGCGGCCCAGAUCCCGUCGUGCGCCCAGACCUGCUUGGCCACCGCCAUCACGGGUGCGGGCUGCACCGCCGGCGACUACGCGUGCCAGUGUGGCACCAGUCAGAACACCAUCACCGCGAGCGCCACGCCCUGUGUCAUCUCCGCCUGCACCUCAGAGGAGGCCUUGAACACCCAAAGAACCACCUCUCAGAUCUGCGCCCUGGUCGCUGCCGGAAGUGCUUCGUCACCCUCUGCUUCUUCCUCUGCCUCUGCCUCUGCUUCUAGCUCAGCCAGCUCUACCUCGGGCGCUGCCUCUGCCUCUGCCUCUGCUUCUAGCUCGGCCAGCUCCGCCUCUGCCGCAGCCUCUGCACUUACACUUGCACACCCGAUCCCAAAUCCAUCCCAUCCCCCAUCUCCCACAAUUCAAACCAACCUCCGAAAAAAGGUCAGAAAUUCUAACCGGCUCACUCCAGCAUCCCUCUCCUCAGUCUCGAGCGCCCUAGUCAGCUCCGCAUCCAGCGUCCGAGCCAGCGCCUCGUCCGCCGUCUCGGCCGCCACCACGGCCGCCAACCCGGCCGCUACCACGGCGGCCGGAGUCAAGGAGGAGGCCAGCUUCUUCAUCCCUGCUGCUGUCGCUCUCUUCGCUGUCUUCGCCGUGUAA